AUGAGAAAGCGAUUGAUCAGUUGAAAAUGUUCUCUCAUCAAUACUCUCCUAGAGAUACUAAUAGUAUGUAAAUCAAUCCAAUGCUGUUGAUACUCAAACAAUAUAUGUUUAAAGUGCAUUUUUAUUUUAUGUAAUUUUAUUUUAGACUACGAACAAUCAUUGAUAGUGAUAAAAUUUUGGUCUUAUCUCAUGGUCAAGUCAUGGAAUUUGCAAAUCCUUAUGAACUAUUAUGUGAGGACCAAUCACACUUUGCAGAACUCGUCUCUCAAACUGGUGAUCGUGAAGCUGCACAUUUAAUUCGACAAGCUAGAAGAGCUGCAAUGACCCGUCACUCUUAA